UACACCGUGCAGGAGAGACGGCGCGCGCUCGGAGGAUGGACGCACACAGAUAACAGCAGGCACCUGCCGAGGCUCUUUUCUAACCUACAGAAACGCGUUGUUCCCUUCUAUCUUCUCCUGUGGCGUAUUGCAGUUCGGUCCUGUGGAUAAACAUUGACGAAUUGCGGUACAUUUCGGGGACUUUUUGAACUUUUACGCACGCGCUUUGCUGCUGAACAUCCUCGCCAAGUGGAACUGUUUGUGAAAGUUUGACGACGCACAGAGCGGCUACGGAAGAAUAUACUCGCUCUCUUGUUUGUGUAAUUUAUUCAUUUGGAGGAAAUUAACACUCACCUUGAAGCUGAGAGCAGAGAGGACACAUUUGCACACCGAGAGCGCCGCGUCUGCUGUACGCGCCACCUGAGCGAAGAUGCUGCUGUGUGUGUGCGGAGAGCGCGCGCCAGCUCCCGGCCCGCUGCUCGCGCUGCUGAUCAUCGGCGGAACCUUCGUGUGCAAUGCAGAUGGCAGCGACUACAGUGAAGUUCUGCCAGACUCCUUCCCCUCCGCCCCAGCUGAGCCUCUGCCCGAGUUCCAGAGCGAGCCGGAAGACACGUUCAUUGUAAAGAACAGACCAGUGAAACUCUCCUGCAAAGCUUCUCCUGCAACCCAAAUCUACUUCAAAUGCAACGGCGAAUGGGUCAACCAAAAUGACCACGUCACCAAAGAGAGCCUGGACCAGGUCACAGGUCUGGUGGUGCGUGAAGUAGACAUCUCAGUGUCCAGGGUUCAGGUUGAGGAACUCUUUGGCUUAGAAGAUUACUGGUGCCAGUGUGUAGCCUGGAGCUCUGCGGGUACCACCAAGAGCCGUCGAGCAUAUGUUCGCAUCGCAUACCUCAGGAAAAACUUUGAGCAGGAGCCACUCGGCAGGGAAGUGCGUUUGGAACAGGAAGUUCUGCUGCAGUGCCGCCCACCAGAAGGAAUCCCACCUGCUGAGGUAGAAUGGCUGAAGAAUGAGGACCUCGUUGAUCCUGUGCAGGACUCCAACUUCCUUAUUACCAUUGACCAUGACCUCAUCAUCAAGCAGGCCCGUCUUUCUGACACGGCUAACUACACGUGUGUAGCCCGAAAUGUGGUGGGCAAGCGACGCAGCAGCACUGCUACUCUCAUUGUCUAUGUGAGUGGAGGCUGGUCAUCCUGGACAGAGUGGUCAGAAUGUAAUGCACGUUGUGGGCGGGGCUGGCAGCGACGGACACGUAGUUGCACCAAUCCGACACCACUUAAUGGGGGUGCUUUUUGUGAAGGCUCACCCUUUCAAAGAGUCACCUGCGCCACCCUCUGUCCAGUGGAUGGAGGCUGGACGGAAUGGGCUAAAUGGUCAGCGUGUGGGACCGAGUGCACACACUGGCGUAGCCGUGAGUGCCAGGCACCUCCCCCACGUAACGGAGGACGCCACUGCAGUGGCAGUAUGAUGGAGAGCAAAAACUGCACCGAGGGACUGUGUGCCCGCUAUAAAAAGGUUUCUGUUGAACAUACAAACCAUCUGGAUUCUGGGACAGAAGUGGCUAUGUAUGCAAGGCUGGUGGGAGCUUUGUUGUUGUGUGUAAUCCUUGUGCUCAGUGUGGGCAUCCUGGCUUACCGCCGUAGCUGUCGCCAUUUCCACGGAGAUAUCACAGACUCCUCAUCUGCCCUUGCUGCCGCCUUCCAUCCUGGCAAACCACCAAGACAAGAUAACCUUCAUGUGCUGCACUCCUCAGCUCCCCCCGACCUCACUGCCAGCGCCGGAACAUUCCGGGGGCCAAUCUUCUCCUCCCUGCAGCAGAGCACACUUGACUCACACCACAAGAUCCCCAUGACCAACUCACCCCUUCUGGAUGCUUUACCCAGUCUCAAGAUUAAAGUGUAUGACUCCUCCACCAUGUCAUCAGUGGAGUUGCCCACUACCCUGGGAUAUGUUGAUGAAGACAUCAUGAGCUUGAAGACGAUGGGUAGUGGUGCACGAGAGCCUCGUACACAUACUCUGCCUGCUGAACCAGGCCACAGCACCAAUGCUACACUUGGCAGCCUCGGCGGGCGCCUUACCAUCCCAAACACAGGUGUGAGCCUAUUGGUGCCGCCAGGAACCAUUCCUCAGGGGAAAUUUUAUGAAAUGUAUCUCAUCAUCAACAAAUGGGAGAAAACUACGUUGCCAUCAGAGGGUGGUCAAACAGUCCUGAGUCCGGUGGUGAGCUGUGGGCCCUCAGCCAUGCUGCUAAGCCGCCCAGUCAUCCUCACCCUUCCUCACUGCGCCCACCUUGAUACUCCCAAUUGGAGCCUCACAGUCAAAACACAGAGCAACCAAGGAGUCUGGGAGGAAGUGCUGACUGUAGGAGAGGAGAGUUUGUCCUCGCCAUGUUACAUGCAGCUGGAGGAACAGAGCUGCCACAUUCUGAUGGAGCACUUAGGCACCUACGGUCUGGUGGGACAGUCAGUUCCUCCUCAGCCUGCUUGUAAGAGGCUGCAGCUCGCCCUAUUCGCCCCCCGAGCUCCUUGCCUUUCUCUGGAUUACAGUCUAAGGGUUUACUGUAUACAAGACACGCCAUAUGCUCUAAAGGAAGUGUUUGAAUUAGAGCGAACGCUUGGUGGGGUAUUAUUGGAGGAUCCCAAGUUACUUCUCUUUAAGGACAGUUACAAUAACCUACGACUGUCAAUCCACGACAUCCCACACUCUCAUUGGAGGAGCAAACUUCUUGCCAAGUAUCAGGAGAUCCCAUUUUACCACAUCUGGAAUGGGAGCCAGCGGCCUCUGCACUGCACAUUUAGCCUGGAGAGAGGCAGCCUGGCCGUGUCCCAACUCAGCUGUAAGAUCUGUGUUAGGCAGGUGGAAGGGGAGGGACAGAUUUUUCAGCUCCACACAGACAUCCAAGAGACAUUGCCCCCCCAUUCACCACUGCCUGCAGCAGGAACAAGCCUGCCGUCAUCUCAGGUGGGUCCUUAUGCCUUCCGCCUGCCAGUCUCCAUCCGGCAGAAGAUCUGUGCCAGUCUUGAUGCCCCCAGUGCCCGCGGCUGUGACUGGAGACUGCUUGCACAUAGCUUGGGUUUUGACAGGUACCUGAACUACUUUGCCACCAAGCCAAGUCCCACAGGUGUGCUGCUCGACCUGUGGGAAGCCUGUCACCACGGUGACGCCGACCUGGUCUCCCUGGCGACUGCUUUGGAAGAGAUGGGCAAGAGUGAGGUCUUAGUUGUCAUGACGACAGAUGAGGACUGCUGA